AAUAACAAUUAUCGCAAUAUAUGUUACAAGUUGCAUGACAAACCAAAAAAUAUAUGCAUCGGCUACUACGGUUGUAAUGACAAAAGCCGAUACAUACAUUCAUAGGUUAAAUACCCGAGAUAUAUUUGCAUGACUAACCGUUUUUAUCAGCAUCAAUCGGCUAUCAGUUAAUAAACUAUAUCGGUUUACUAUUACAUUUGUUGAAUCUGAAACCUGACCAUAUAAGUUACGAAUUGACUGGGCUUGAGUAGACCUGUGGCAGUUCUUUCCAGAGGCUGUUUCCCCUCAAAGCCCGUGUCCAUGCAAUGAUGCAAUGGAUGCAUUUAUUUGGAGGAAGUGCGUAAGUUAAAAUGUAAACCGUCUUCAAGAAAUGCCUGGCAGCUCGAUCGCAGCUUCGUAAGACAGUUGACUCUACUGAUGCAUAUAGUACAGUUCUUUCACUUUCAGUAAAAUGAUGACAUCCCCUGCUAUCCGGCGGGUCACCCAUCACCUGUCAGUCAUCAACUGGAAAAGUCCACAUUAUGACUGUGCAAUGCCACAAGUAAGACUGUGUCAUUCUUCUGAUCAGUCUAUGGACCUAACAAAUGUCAAUUACCCCGCAUCGACUCUUCAUUCAAGGAGGAAAUACAGAUCCAACAACUCCCCUAAUCAGAUGGCCAUUUCUCAGGUCAAUCACAUUUUAAAAGCCAACGAAUACAGCUUCAGAGUGAACGGGUACGAUGGGCGAUCUGGGGGGUCAGUCACAGGGUUUGACAGCAACAUCCUGGCCUCCAACUCCCCCAGCGAGGACAGACGGAGUACUGCCACUUGUCUGCAGAGCAGGGGGAUGCUCUUUGGAGUGUUUGAUGGCCAUGCUGGCUCAGCCUGUGCUCAGGCGGUGAGCGAGCGUCUCUUCUACUACAUAGCUGUGUCCCUGCUCCCGCUGCAGACUCUCCUGGACAUUGAGGAGGCAGUGGAGAACGACAGGCCGGUCAUGCCCAUGCUUCAGUGGCACAAGCACCCGAACGACUAUGUCAGCACAGAUGCCGGCAAACUCUACUUCAACAGUCUCCGAACCUUCUGGCAGGAGCGCAUUGACCUGCAGGAGGACACCGAAGACGAGGACGUGCCGACUGCGCUGUCCAAUGCCUUCAAGAGGCUGGACAGUGACAUCUCUCUGGAGGCACAGGUGCACUUCGGGGACCCUUUCUCCCACCUCACCCCCCUCAGGGUGGCCUUAUCGGGGUGCACGGCCUGUGUGGCCCUUGUGGACGGGGACGACCUGUACAUAGCCAACCUGGGUGACAGCAGGGCCGUUCUGGGAGUCCAGGGGGCGGACGGGAGCUGGUCAGCAUUCACAAUCACCAAUGACCACAACGCCCAGAAUCCCGACGAGAUGCAGCGGGUGCUCUCGGAGCACCCGAACCUGGAGAGGAAGACGGUGGUCAAGCACGACAGGCUGCUGGGAGUCCUUUUGCCCUUCCGGGCCUUCGGGGACAUCAAGUUGAAGUGGAGUAGCGAGCUCCUCAGUCGCAUGGCUGAGGCCCGGCCAGAGGUCCUGUCGGGGAACGAGUUCACCAAAAUGGUCCCGUCCAACUACAACACCCCGCCUUACCUGAGCGCCGAGCCCGAGGUGACGCACCACAAACUGCGGCCACAGGACAAGUUCCUCAUCCUGGCCACUGAUGGCUUGUGGGAGCUGAUGCACAGGCAGACGGUGGUGCAGGUCAUCGGAGAACAUCUUUCCAGUCUCCAGUGGCAGAAACCCCUGACCGCGGUGAGUUUCACACUCGGGCAGAUGCAACGACUGCUGCUGGAGAGAAAGAGCAGGGCCCUCUCGGCGCUGGAAGAUGAGAAUUCGUCCACACACCUCAUCCGUCAUGCUCUGGGCAACGAUGGCUUUGGCUCUGUGGAACCCAGACGACUGGCCAAAAUGCUGAGCUUGCCCCAAGACCUGGCACGCAUGUACAGGGAUGACAUCACUAUUGUUGUGAUUCACUUUAAUAACCCAAUUAUGUGAAGUGAAAUAUACACAAAUGCCAGUAAUACUAAGGUUGAAGGAACAAGUUAUGUACUGAGUGUAGUGUAGUAGUGAAGUAGUGCUAGUUUUUAAGUGAAUAUUUAUGAUCAAACUGUCUGGCAUAGGCAGGCUCUUAUUUUUCCCUAAGAUGUAUAAAAUGUAUAAGUAAAUGAAAUACCCUGCACGAUUUUUUUAGAGCGUCGAGUAGAAGCCAUCGACCUUUGUAAACCAAUCUUUGAAGAACUAGAUAGUGACCAUGUUGAAGUAAGACCAAGAAAGAGUUGCACAACCUGACACAGAAGCAGCAGUCUAGUUGAACACUUUUAAACUGGGUGUUGACCUACGAGAUUCCACAACACAUGGCAUACAGAUUUCAUUAAGCCUUUGCUUUAUACUGCUAUAUUGCUUUUAACUCGUAGGAGACACUGUUCAGUUAGGUACAAACAACAAAGUAGAAUUUGUGCUGCUAUAACACCUCUCAAAUUGCCCAAAAAUGCCCAGAGGCAUUUGAAGUAGGUUAGAGCCAUGCCAUUAGAUACCGCAAGCACAUUUGCACAAAAAGUAGAAGUUUUAUCCAGACACAGAACUACGCAACAUACCGAAAAAAAGGGGAAAAAAACAACCCUUUUAUUUCUCAGCAUUUUCCCAGAUUCAGUCAGACUGGGCCUUUUCUUUGUGCCUUUGAAAUGUUAGAGGAGAAGUGAGGUGCUCAGAUUUAAACCAGAUGUGCGUUCAUCAUUUCAUGACCAAACUGAUUUAUGUUGAAAGAACUAUUGGUUCAUUGUGCUCUCUGUGUUAGUUUUAAAGAUGAAUCAUUCCGUAUUUGUAUGCAAAAUACACCUAACUAUUUUUCUGAAAUUUCCUACUUUCCUACAUUAUAAUAAAAAAAAA